UACGAAAUAGAUUAAUAUAUUUUUUUCGAGGACAAAUAAAAGUAUCAAUUAGCAAAUACCUGUCUUCAGUGUAUGAAUGCAGUUGCUUAAACGAUGAUACUGUUCAAGCCUGUCCCGUUGGCGGUUUUUGCGUUAACUUUCUUUUCUUCUAAGGACUUUCGUGCAACGGCUAGCGAUAAGGUGUUCGACGAGGUUCAAUAUUACGAGAAACUCAUCACGGAUGAACUUCAAAAAGCUCUCAAUUAUGAAACGCCGACCAAUGCGAAGAUGUAUGAGCCGGACGACACCACGAUCAGAGACUUUGGCACGUUCGAUUUCAUCAUCAUCGGAGCUGGAUCAACUGGUUCAGUUAUUGCAAGCAGACUUUCAGAGGUUUCCAGAUGGAAAAUUUUAGUGUUGGAAGCCGGACACUACCCCAACAAUUUCACGAUGAUUCCAGGGAUGUUUGCGAUUCAGGCAAUGACCAGCUAUAAUUGGGGAUUCAAAAGUACGCCACAAAAAACCGCUUGUUUGGGUACGGUAAACCAACAGUGCAACACUCCAGCAGGCAAAGGGAUGGGAGGAACAUCUUUAAUCAGCGAGUUGGUCUACGCAAGAGGCAACAACAAAGAUUUCGACCAUUGGGCGCAGUUAGUUAAAGACACCAGUUGGAAGUAUGAAAACGUCCUUCAGUAUUUUAAGAAAUCCGAGGAUUUCGUUAAAACCAACUCAGAAGCAGUCAUAGAUUGGGAAUAUCACGGAACAGACGGGUAUCUUUACACCAACCACCACCAACCCUCAUCAAACUACACCAGGAUGUUUCUUGCAGCUACUAAGGAAUUAGGCAUAAAUAUUACAGAUUACAAUGGAAAAAGAGAAGUAGGAUCCACCAUAUUACAAUUGAACACCAAAGAUGGAAGACGGUUUGAUCAAGCAACGGCCUUUUUGAAGCCAGCAGCUGGAAGAAGCAACCUAUUAAUCUCACAAGGCAGUUACGUUAUCAAAAUCGAGAUAAAUAACUCUACAAAAAGGGCAACAGGAGUUAUUUUUACGAAAGACAAGAAAACUUACAGAGCAAAAAUUAGAAAAGAAAUAAUACUAUCUGCAGGAGUAUUCUCUUCACCUCACAUUUUAAUGCUUUCGGGAGUAGGGCCUAAAGAACAUCUAAAACGCUUUAAUAUUUCUGUAAUACAAGAUCUACAAGUUGGUAGCCAUCUACACGAAACAGUGUAUUGCGGUUUGCCAUUUUCUUCGAAUUAUACCCCACAAUCGAAACCUCUAGAAGAUCAAAUAAAAGAUUACUUACACGGAGUAGGAGAUCUAGCUGCUGCUAACAAGAUAGAUGGAGCACUCUUCUAUAACACAAAACUAGAACCAGACCACGAGUAUCCCGAUGUUGAAAUAGUUUUAUCUUCUUCCACUCCAUCUGCAUUAGGUCAAAAAUUUCAGAAUAUCAAUAAUGAAACAUGGAAUGCCUUAUACAACCAUACUAUAAACGGUCCCUUCAGCUUAACAGUUCUACUGCUCAAAAGUCGUUCACAAGGUACUGCGAGAUUAAAAAGCAGCAGUCCCUAUGAUUACCCUCUAAUAAAUUUGAAUCUUCUAACUGACCCAGGUCAUAAAGAUAUUGAUACAAUCUACGAAGGAAUACAAUUCGUUCUAAACCUAACGAAGACCAAUGCUUUCCAAUCUAUAGCACCAGUUCUGGAAGUUAAACAACUACCGACUUGCGCCAAUACCGAAUUUUUGAGCAAAAAUUUCUGGUAUUGUUAUAUAAGAACCAUGGGUAUGGCAGCUUACCACCCAGCGGGAACUUGUCCCACAGGGACUGAUCCUAAAGAAGGAGCUGUUGUUGAUCGGAACUUUAACGUUUAUGGUCUUAAGAAAUUAAGGGUGGCCGAUGCGAGUAUUUUUCCGUUCACUUUUGCAGGUCAUCCUAACGCGCCAUGUACAAUGAUCGGUGAAAAAAUUUCUGAGGUGCUAAAGUAUGAGUAUAGAGCAUAAGUCAUUUAGUAGUAUUAUUUAGGAGGCUAAUUGAAUAUGUGAUUAACAGAAUAGAGAUACAGUAGAAGCUCUUUAUUCGCGGGUUAUAUGUUCCGUAAAUAUGCCGUGAAAACAGAAACGGUGAAUAUGGAAUGGUAAUUUAUUUGAGGUUGUAGGGGAUACGUUCCUAGGUGAAGAAAUAAAAAAAGAAAAUACAUUAAAAAAUCAGUUUAAUUGAAAAAAGUUUUUGGCAAUACAUAUUGAUUAAUUACAUGUUAUCUUCAGGUUUAAGCAAUAGUUUAAAGAAUUUAGUAAUUUUCUCUUGCUUGGCAGUUUUUAAAAACUUCUUCAAUUCAAACUGAUAUUCAGCAGUGGCAUUAGCAAUUUGUCUCUUAAAAAUAAGAUUUCGUUCCAUGAUGAAUCAAUUUUCAUAAAGAAAUCACAAAGCUCAUUUGCCAUUCUUAAACCUUCACUAAGAUUGUUCAAAUUAAAUCCCACGUUUCUAGUGCUUGUUGAAGCCUCUUCUCCGAUGGGUUGUAAAUUUAACAUUUCCUUCAAGUCUGUAUCAGUCAAAUCUUCAUCUUGCCAUUCAAGCAACUCCUGAACGUCACUUGACUCUAUCUGUUCGAACCCACAUCGUCCUAUCCACUCGCAAUUUCUGCAAUGUUUGCAGUUAAAAGUUUAAACUUGCACAAGUUCUUCCUCAUUUCCCGCAGUCAGAACAGGCCACAGUUUUUUCCUGCAUGAUUUCAAUUUGUAUAGUUUCAGUUUUUGCAAUGAUUUUUUUAUGUUUACGAUGCAUUUUUCUAUGUCGAAUUUCUUCCAGGAUUCCAUAACAUUCACAUCAGGGUCACAUUUCAUAUUAUUCAGUACGUAUCAUUUUGAAAGUUCGUUUAAAAUAGAGCUUAAAGACCUGUAUUAUUCCUUGCUCCAUAGUUUGAAGCAAAGCCGUCGUAUUGGGAGGUAAAAAUGUCACUUUUAUAUUUGAAUGCAUAGUUUCAAGUUCGCGAGGAUGACCUGGGGCAUUGUCCAAAACUAGAACUGCUUUAAAGUCUAAAUUCUUCGAUUUCAAAUAAGUUUCAACUUCAGAAACAAAACAAUUCCGGAACCAGUCACAAAAAAGCGCUUGUAACCCACGUUUUCUUAUUGGCACGCCAAAACACUGGCAGAUCGUCCUUGUUUUGAUUUUUUAACGAACGAGGAUUUAAAGAUAUAUAAAGCAUCAAUGGUUUAAUAACACAAUCUCCAGAUGCAUUAGAACAAAGCAGCAGUGUAACUCUAGCUUUUGUUGCCUUAAAUCCAGGGGCACACUUUUCGCUUUUAGAAAUAAAUGUUAUAUUUCGUAUUCUCUUCCAAAACAGUGCAGUUUCGUCUGCAUUAAAAACUUGCUUAGGUGUAUAUUCUCCACCAGCUACCAGGUUCUAUUUUAGAUAUUAAUGUUUUUUAUUUAGGUAUAUGUAUGUACCGAUUCGAUCCGCAAAUUAAGAAAGCUUAGGCCGCGAAUAUAGGAAUUGUAAUGCAUUUUUUCAAUCCGCGAAUAGUGAAAAUGCGAAUGAAGGAAGUGCGAAUAAGGAGCUUUUACUUAGUUGUCGUGGUUCUGAUACAUUUCCUGUAGAACUUUUAUGUUAACUACUAUAUUUUAUGGGAUUAAAAUUUAGCUUAUGGCAUAAAUUAGAAACAAAUCUAUAAACUACAAACUUUUAAAAAGAGUAAAUUAUACAAACUUUACAAGAAAAUGAAGAAAUUACAAAUAAGUAUUAAAUAUAAUAUUUAUUAAACGUUAAUGUCGAGCUACGUAUCCAGUUUAUUGCUUCAGGGAUUGCUACAGACAAGGAAGUCACUCCAUGAUCCUGGAUAUGCUCGGAGAGGGCCUUCAGAAAUAAUGUAUUUUAUGGUCUGUCUUUCAUGACCGCAGUCACAACCUGGAGACUGAAUCUUAGUCCACUUUGUUAGAAUGUCAACACAUUUACCCCAUGCAGAACGAAUUAUAUUUAAUAUCUGCAUCCAGCACUGAUUCUGUUUAAUAUUUAAUACAUUUAAUGUAGCACAUCAUUCCUCAACCUCUGGCAACCACUAUAUACAGGGUGAGUCAUGAGAAACUGUACAUACUCCUACCUCGUAUAGAGGCCCCUAUGGGGAAUAACAAAUGACCAUUAAAAAGUGUCUGCUCCCAUUGUUUAAUAAUAUACAGGGCGAGUUUCGCAUUUUGACCGAAAUUUGUAUUCGUCAUAAUUUUUGAACGGUCAGAUCGUUUUGUCUCUUAUUUUGGUCAAUCGUUACACUAUUACCACCUAAUCAACUGAUUUAUUCAAACUAGAAAAAAAUCAGGUCCGGCUUUAAAAAAUUAGUUCGUUUGGGUCUUAGAAAAAAUUUCACCCUGUAUACGCUUUUUGAAAACUAUAAUAUGAAUUUUACAUAUUAGACAAAUAGGCAAUUAAAAUGACAUAUUUAUUUUUUCCCCCACACCAUUACUUAAUUUUUUAUAAAAAAAUCAAAUUUGAGUAUGAAUUAAAAGUUUGGUAAAGUGAACCAUAAAUAAAAAAAAAUAACUUUUAUUACAAAAAUGAAUUUUUUUGAACAAAUAUUUAACUUAUGUUACCACCCAAUCAACUGAUUUAUACAAACUAGAAAAAAAUCAGGCCCGGAUUUAAAAAAUUUGUUCGUUUCGGUCUUAAAAAAAAAUUUCACCCUGUAUACGCUUUUUGAAAACACUAAUAUGAAUUUUACAAAUUAGACAAGUAGGCAAUUAAAAUGGCAUAUUUAUUUUUUCCCCACACGAUUACUUAAUUUUUUAUAAAAAAUCAAAUUUGACUAUGAAUAGUUAAAAGUUUGGUAAAGUGAACAAUAUGUACUAGAAACCAGAUUUAAAAAAAUUAACUUUUAUUACAAAAAUUUUUUUGAACAAAUAUUUAAUUUAUGUUACCACCCAAUCAACUGAUUUAUUCAAACUAGAAAAAAUCAGGCCCGGAUUUAAAAAAUUAGUUCGUUUUGGUCUUAGAAAAAAUUUCACCCUGUAUACGCUUUUUGAAAACUCUAGUAUGAAUUUUACAAAUUAGACAAAUAGGCAAUUAAAAUGGCGUACUUAUUUUUCCCCACACGAUUACUAAAUUUUUUAUAAAAAAAAUCAAAUUUGUCAAAAUCGGAAUUUUGCCAUAAAAAUAAAAAAAAUAAACAACGUUUUUCUCAAAAUUAAAAGCUUCACCAUUUUUUUUUUUCUAUACCACGUCUAGAUCUAAAACCCAUAACACUUCUCUUUGGACUCACAGACGUGAUCAAAUAGAUAAAUCUUAAAUUUUUUCACUUAAUUUUUGCGAUUUAACUUUGCAAUUCACGAAUCUGCACCUUUUAUUUUUAAAAAUUCAUAACUUUUAUGAGAAGAAGACGGAAAGUCUACAACAAUUUUCAUAUUCAAAAUGGUAAGACAUAUUAUGUGCUGUAAAAUUUCAGAAAAAAAAUAUUAAAAUGGAACAGAGUUGUAGCGAGUUAAACCGUGAUUUCAUUAUUUUUUCAGUUUUAGGUUAAAAUUUCGAUUUUAACAAAUUUGAUUUUUUAAUAAAAAAUUAAGUAAUCGUGUAGAGAAAAAAAUAGAUAUGUCAUUUUAGUUGCCUAUUUGUCUAAUUUGUAAAAUUCAUAUUAGAGUUUUCAAAAAUCGUAUACAGGGUGAAUUUCUUCUAAGGUCAAAACGAACUAAUUUUUUAAAUCUGGGCCUGAUUUUUUUCUAGUUUGUAUAAAUCAGUUGAUUGGGUGGUAACCAUAGAGUUAUAUAUUAGCAUAGAGAGAGUGUCAUUCAGAGCGAAGUGACGACACCAUCUUUUUUAUUGGGAUUAGUGCUGUUUCACUCUUACGCAUAGUAAAGCUGCUACAGUUGUCCUCCUCUUCCGUGCCUACAUUCACACUAAAUGUCAUCAUAUAUUUUCGAUACAAUGUGUUAGAAAGAGAUGCAGCAAACCAGUCCAUGAGAUCUUGUCGUCAGGAAGCGCGGAAGGUAGGCUCCCUCUAUGUUAAUAUAUACCUCUAUGGUGGUAACAUAAAUUAAAUAUUUGUUCAAAAAAAAUUAAUUUUUGUAAUAAAAGUUAUUUUUUUUAAAUCUAUGGUUCACUUUACCAAACUUUUUAUUCAUACUCAAAUUUGAUUUUUUUAUAAAAAAUUAAGUAAUCGUGUGGGGAAAAAAUAAAUAAGUCAUUUUAAUUGCCUAUUUGUCUAAUUUGUAAAAUUCAUAUUAUAGUUUUCAAAAAGCGUAUACAGGGUGAAAUUUUUUCUAAGACCCAAAACGAACUAAUUUUUUUGAAGCCGGACCUGAUUUUUUUCUUGUUUGAAUAAAUCAGUUGAUUAGGUGGUAAUAGUGUAACGAUUGACCAAAAUAAGAGACACAUCGAUCUGAUCGUUCAAAAAUUAUGACGAAUACAAAUUUCUGUCAAAAUGCGAAACUCGCCCUGUAUAUUAUUAAACAAUGGGAGCAGACACUUUUUAAUGGUCAUUUGUUAUUCCCCAUAGGAGCCUCUACACGAGGUAGGAGUAUGUACAGUUCCUCAUGACUCACCCUGUAGGUCUCCUCCAUAUUUUUCCACUAUUCUCUUAUGCCUUCUAUAUCCAAUUUUCCACUGUUCUUCUGAAGUCCAAUCCACUCUUAAUCCAUCUUUUUGGUGGUCUACCUGGGUGUCUUUUAUCUUCUCUAGGUCUCCAUUCUAUGAGUCUUUUGGUCCACCUAUUAUCAUUUAAACGUGCUACAUGUCCAGCCCAUUUCCAUUUGGCUUGUGCAAUUUUUUCUAUUACAUCUGUCACUUGGGUCCUCUCUCUCACUAUCCUAUUUGGUACCAUAUCUCUUCUUGUAAUUCUCUAACAUUGAUCUUUCUAUUUUUCUUUGGGUUAUUCUCAAUUUAUUUACAGAAUGUUUAGUCAAAGUUAUGGUUUCGGAACCAUAAUAUGUUAUUACCGGCAGUGUGCAUUGUAGCAUGUAGCACACAACUUUCUGAAAUCCAAACUCUCAGUCAAAAUGUUGCUCCAUAUUGCCAAGUAAGAUCCUUUAUAAACAAACUGUUUAGAUUUAAUUUGCUAUUCUGAUUAGAAAUAUACCUCAAAUUGAAACCAAAGUAUUAUCUAUGUAACUAAAGUUCAAAAAUUAGUAUUUUAGAUUUAGUAAACAUUAAGAGUAUUAUUUGUCACUGUUAUUUGUGCCAGUUUUACCUAAGAUACGUUAAUAAAUGAUAAAAAUGAAA